CACACAUCAAGGACAGUAAUCGGAUGAAGCUGCAGUUGAACGAGCACAAAUAGAUCGGGUCAGUUGGACCAAAACUUCCCGAGCUCCGUGUUUAUUCCUUCCAGUGGAGGAUCUGCUCCAGUCGUCUGCUGCUCAAAGAUGAGGCUGCUGCUCGGUUGGCUUGUUCUAGUGGCGACCCUGGGGGUCCUCCGCUCCGCCCCAGAGGACCAAGCCACCGGCAUCUCAGAGGACACCUUAAAACAGUUGUCCCUGAAUGGGGAGAAACUGGUGGACGAGGAAGUGAGGAGAGCUCUCUACGGCGUGAAGCAGAUGAGGGAGGUGAUGUGGAGGAACGAGCAGAAGCACCAACACCUCAUGAAGUCCCUCCGAAACAGCAUUGACAAGAAGAAGGGGGCCCACCAACUGGCUCAGGAGGUGACGGAGAAGCUGGAGGAGGCGGAGGAGCAGUGCAGGGACUCCCUGCAGUCCGAGUGGGCGGCGUGCAGACCUUGUCUGGAGGAUGCCUGUAAGACCUUCUACACCUCCACCUGCCGCAGAGGAUUCGGCCUUUUCAAGGCCAAGGUGGACAGCUUCUUCCGCAGAGUCUCCAGGCGCUUCGGCCCCCGGGAGCCCCGCGAGGACUCCGGGGACAUCAUGGUGAAUCAGGGGACCGCCGAGCCCGACCCCGAGGUCGACCGCAUCGAGGACUCCUUCAGGCGCCUGACCGGCCGGGUCGGCGCGCUGGUGAGCCGCAGCGCGGCCCUGGUCUCCGGGAUGAGCGGCAGGCUGGACGGAGUCCUCCGGGACGCCUUCCUGAACGGCAGCGUCGCCCCGACGGAGGAGCCCGCCGCCGCCGCCGAGCUCUACGACGCCGGCCGGGACUCCGGCUUCCUGCAGGGCGUGGGCCUGGAGGAGGUGCUGGACUCCUUCUUUGACUUCGGCAAGAGCGUGGUGGAGGAGUUCGGGGCCGUCGUGACCCAGGCGCUUGACGACGUCCACGCGGCCGUGGAGGACAAGAAGAAGAGAGGGAUGGAAACCUUCACGCGCUUCCUGCAGAACAGGAAGUUGUGCAGAGACCUUCGCAAGCAGACCUCAGAGUGUUGGCAGCUCCAGAGCCAGUGUGAGGCCUGCCAGGGACCUCUGCUCACAGAGUGCCCCAGUGUUGAGGAGCUGCACGUGGAGCUGGCUGAGGUCUCCCAGGUGCUGGAUGUGUCCAAAGAGCAGUACGAGGAGAUCUUGUCCAUCGUCCAGCGGCACACCGAUGAAUCCGUCGACUGGCUCAGCAACAUGGCGGCUCAAUUUGGCUGGGUGGCCCGGGCGGGGGUCGACAGCACCGCCCCAGGAAAGGUCUUCCUCAUCACCGCGGUGGCGCCAAAGAGCCGCGACGGACAGAACGCGUCUGAGAUCCAAGUGGAGGUGAACAUCCUGAACUCUCCCCCACUCCUCCUCUCCGUUCCUGGGGAGCUGGAGCCGCGGGAGCCGUCCUUCAUCCAGUACGUGGCCCAGGAGGCCCUGAACAAGUUCAAGGAGAUGGUCAGGGACGAGGACGAAUAAAACCGCCGUCUGCUCUCAUGAACAUCUGCCAGUAUUUGCUUUGUGCAAGAAUCUAGCCGGUUGUCCUGUAUAGUCGGAAUUAUGUUGUUGAAAUGUAAAUGCUCAGCAAUUGAAGCACAGCAAUCGUUACUAUUUAUUAAAUGUAAAAAUAAGAAUGUCAUACCUGUUGUCAAAUAGUGUAUAAAAGACAAAUAAAAGGAGGGUGAAAUGCA